CGACGAAAAAGCGCGCGCUCAGCGAAAACAGCUGCCAUUGUGUUGGUUUAUUAGUUGCUAAAAUCUUGCUCCAAAUGUUUGUUUAUUAAUAUAAAAAACAAUUUAAAACGUCCACCGAUAUGGACGAUUCGGUGUUUAAGAUUAAAUACCAGAAAUACAAGCUGCGUGUCAAGUUGUGGGAAAAGGAUUUCAAGAAGAAGAAUGGGAGGGUUCCAUCGAAGUAUGAUAUUCGGGAGGCCAGCCAGGAGAUUCGCGACUCCUACAAGAUGUACUACAAACUGAAGACCUCAUUCCUAGAGGAAACUCUGAACGAUGUGCUCAGCGAGGAUGGAUACGAUAUCUUGGAGAUGUCGCAGGCCAGUGAUCUGGGUGUGAGCCUGCUAGAUCAGGACAUCAGUCUAAAUGGAGGACCUCAACUACCGAUGGAUAUAUCCGCACUGGUGGAGCCACAGGUAUCUGCCAUUCUGGAGGAGAUUCCGCAACAAGAACAAGGAUCAUUUUCUAAUCUUCAGGACCUGCCCAAUCGGCAAGUCCUCACCAAUCUAGUUAAUCGCGAUGAGAACCAUGUGAUCCGUAAGUUCGAAGCUGUGGAGGAGCUGUCAAUUAACCAGAAUGCCUGGGGCAAGGAGGUCAGCAAGAAACAACCUGAUCUGGUAAAACCCCUAGAGGCUUCUCUUUCCGCUCCGGCGCAGGGAAAGCCGCUUAAAACGACCGCUAGUCUUAAACCCAGCCUGAGUGCCAAGUUGUUCAAAUCCACGAGCGGAUUUGCCAAACGAAAUCCCCGCAAGCCGCUGUCACACAGUUCCGUAAACGCCUCUAGUUCCAACAGUUCCCUCAGCUCGGUUUCUUCCACUCUGGUGGAAGAGCUGCCUGAUUUCGAGACCAUACUAAUACGCAAGGCGCAGGAGUACAAGGAGAAGGAGCUGGCCCUAGCUUCUAAUCCGCUUUUAGCCGGCGAUCACAGUAAGGAGACCAUCAAAACGCAGGUGGACGAUGGCUGGCUGCAGCGAAAUACAAAUGAGAAUACUCUUGAGGCGGAGAUGCCCUUUGCAGAAGCAAAUAAUAAUAGUGCUCCACCAAAGAAAAUCAACUUUGGACUAAAAAAUCUCGAUUUAAGUAAACUAAAGUCCACUACUAAGGAGGAACAGCAGGUGCAGGUGAAGACCGAAACGGUAGCAACCACACAGCCGUUGCAAUCUGUUAACAGUUUUAUAAUAAACCAGAAACCAGUUUCCCCUAGUCAGACACCCUCUGCAUCCAUUCAGAAACCACUUGCUCCCAGCCAUAAACCUCGCCCUGUAGAGGAGGACACUGAUUCCGAUUCUGACUCUGUUGUGGCUGAAAGUGAGGAAGAGCCGGAGCCCCAGGAGUACCGACAGCUCGCCAAACGUCGCAGAAUUAUGCCAACCCCUGCAGGAUCUUCCGAGGUAGCCGAAAUAGCGGAAAUAACCAACAAAGUCGAACCGGAACCUGAAGCGUUGACUCUCGCCGAUCCAGAGGAUGAAUAUGGAAUGGAUUUCUCUGCGGACGAAGAAACGGAUGCAACCUAUGAGCCCGAGAAGGGCAAGAAAGAGAAGGCAAAGCGCAAACAAGCAGCCGGAAAAAGGAAGACCACUAAACCUAAGGCGGAAGCUAAACCUAAAGCUGAAAAGAAACCCAAAAUCAAAGCAGAAAAGAAACCCAAGGUGGAGAAGAAGCCAAGGAGCUCUAAGAAAGCUAUUGCUGCCGAACCUCCUCCUGUUCCAGAAGAAGAGGAUCAGAGUCAGCCUCUAAAUCCGGAAGAUCUUAAAUACGUGUUGGCGUUGGAGGCAGGCGACAUAACCUCCGUUCCUCGAAUUAAUCAGCAGGAUCUGGAAAAAGCAGACGUCACUGCACAGCGCUAUAUUAGCACCUUUGCAGCAGGACCCAUAACAGGAACAGCAGAGGGAUCCAACAUCCGAGUGGAUGAAAAGCGAUCCGCUGCCCGAAAAAAACUGGAGGAAAGAAUAGCUUCUGGGAAGUUAAACGAAAACUUUGUGACUAUCAACAUCCAAAAGAAGAAAUUUGUGCGCGGCAAAAAGACCGUGAAUUUUAGCAAGUACAAGAAGACGCAGUGGCGGCAUAAAAAGCGAGUGGCUGCCCUGAGUGGGCCAGGUAUGGACAUGGGUGGCUGUGAUGGCGGAGUGCUCACCUGUUUCCAGUGCGGCGGCGUGGGCCAUUUCGCCCAGCAGUGCAAGGUGAAGGGGGACAGCCUGUUGCCCUUAUCUGCGCAGCUUGAGGAGGAUCCCUCGCCAUUCCCCACGCUCGCCGAGGCGCAGGAGAUGGCCAGCCAGGGCGCAGUGGUGGCUCACAGUCGCAACAUCUCAAGACUGCCCCAGGCGGCCAAUGCGGCCAUUCUGCAAGGUGAGGAAUCAGAUGAAUCAGAGGAGGAAGUUCCAGACAGUAGCGGUGAUGAGGACGGAAAACCGCAUCCUGAGCCGGAUUGGUCGAGCGAUGAUCCGGACAUCGAUUUUGAGGCACUGGAUGCAGCCGUCGAAGCCUCUCUAAGUCAGCCGGUUAGCCAAGAGAAAGCAGCUUCGCCUAUUAAAAGCUACGUUGGUCACAAAAUUCCGGAGGAGUUCCUCAAGCAGGCUGGCCUGGACACCAACGUCGCCACUGCGAAUCACAGCCGGCACGGCGGGGUGAAGCCACUCUACGAUCUCCUGCCGGAUGGAACUGUUCAGGACACGUCACCCGAAGUCCUGGAAGCGCUGCAUAUGUUCGGUCACAAAAACUUCAGGAAGGGUCAGGAUCGGGCCAUCAUGCGCACCCUUUCCGGCCUCUCUUCGCUGGUUACCCUCAGCACAGGCAGUGGCAAGUCUCUGUGCUACCAGUUGCCCGCCUAUCUGUUUAGCCGCAAAUUGGGAGCCAUUACGCUGGUCAUCUCGCCGCUGGUAUCGCUUAUGGAGGACCAGGUGACCGGGGUGCCGCACUUCCUGCGCGCCCACUGUCUGCACACCAAUCAGACGGGGCCGCAACGCAUUAAGAUUCAGCAGAUGAUUGCCAACGGUGAAAUUGAUAUUCUGCUGGUUUCUCCGGAGGCAGUGGUUUCCGGGGAGCGGGCCACGGGAUUCGGUGCCAUUCUUCGCCAGCUGCCGCCCAUUGCAUUUGCCUGCAUUGAUGAGGCGCAUUGCGUGUCCCAGUGGAGUCACAACUUCCGUCCCAGCUACCUGAUGAUCUGCAAGGUGCUGCGAAAGAAUCUCGGGGUUCACACGGUGCUGGGACUUACGGCCACCGCUACGUUGCCCACGAGGGUGAGCAUCAUCAACCAUCUGGGCAUCGCGGACGGGGAGCGCGGCGUUAUUAGCGACAUACCCUUGCCAGACAAUUUGGUGCUGUCCGUGUCCAAGGAUCACAACCGAGAUGCAGCGCUGCUCCAACUACUUAAUAGCGAACGCUUUGAGCCCUGCCAAUCCAUCAUCAUCUACUGCACUCGCAGAGACGAGUGUGAGCGAAUCGCUGGAUUCAUUAGAACCUGCGUGCAGGAUCGGCGUCAGCCAGCCCAGGAUCAGGGCAAGAAGCGCAAGCGGGUGAACUGGCAGGCGGAGCCAUACCAUGCCGGAAUGCCGGCUUCGAGGCGUCGCACUGUCCAGAAGGCCUUUAUGGGCAACGAGCUACGCAUCGUGGUGGCCACCAUCGCCUUCGGCAUGGGCAUCAACAAGCCGGACAUUCGCGCCGUGAUCCAUUACAACAUGCCAAGGAAUUUCGAGAGCUAUGUGCAGGAGAUUGGACGAGCAGGUCGCGAUGGCUUGCCGUCUCACUGUCAUCUCUUCUUGGAUGCGAAGGGUGGCGAUCAGAGUGAGUUGCGUCGACAUGUGUACUCCAACUCCAUCGAUCGGCAUGUGAUCCGCAAGCUGCUGCAGAAGAUUUUUGUGCCGUGCAGCUGCGACAAGGAGGCUUCCAAGGGAGCUGCUCCUCCAAUGGCCCUUGAAGGCGAUGGUCCGAGGGUUCAUGUGUGUCCGGGUCACGAAAUCGGCUUCUCUGUAGAGAAAACUGUUGAGAUGCUGGACAUCCCGGCGGAGAACAUUUCCACGCUGCUCUGCUACAUGGAGCUCGAUCCCCGCUGGUGCAUCAGUGUGCUCAGCUCAGCAUACGUGAUGGCCAAAGUGAUCUCAUACGGUGGACCCAAGUACCUGAAGCACGCAGCAAAGGAAUGCCCACCCUUGGCCAUGGCCAUUGCUUUGCAGAUUCGCGACAAGACCUUCAAGGAGGACUCGAACAUCAUAGAGUUUUCUGUGACAGACAUUGCAGCAGGAAUUGGUUGGAACAGCGGCGUGGUAAAGUACCAACUUAAGGACCUGGAGUGGGUGAAAGUAAAUGGAUUUCCGAAGCGAUCGCCCAUCACGGUGAGCUUCUAUGAUUUGGGAUUCCGCAUCAAGGUCCCCGGUGAUUUUACAGAAACGGAAAUCGACAGUGCUCUGGACACGCUCUAUACGCGAUCAGUGAAACAGGAGCGCACUCAGCUAAUCCAGCUGCAGUAUGUUGCCCACGGAUUGGCGGCGGUGGCCUACAGUUCCUGUGGUCAGUGCUGCAAUGCGGACUUUCCUCAAGAUAGGGGCGAGCAAUUAAAGGCUAUCGUGCGCAACUACUUUGCCAAUGACUACCCGCAGGACUUGGAGUUAGAAGUGGAGCCCAGCAAUGUGCCCGAUGAGAGCAUCACAGACGACGUGCACGCCCUGAUCAACAUGUAUCCGGACAACACAUUCAGUGGACGGAACAUUGCCCGCAUCUUCCACGGCAUCAUGAGCCCCAACUAUCCGGCCGUCAUUUGGGGACGCUGUAAGUUCUGGCGUGCCCACGUCAAGGUCGAUUUCAAUCGCAUCCUGCAACUUGCGAACAUGGCUAUCAUUAAGAGGCGUACCUAGCCAUGAUCAUUGGAAAAUUCUCUUUGUGAUGCACCGGUAAACUUGUUCAAUCUUGAUGAAUUUAAAAAUAUGUGAUGCCAUUCA